CCGGGCUGGAGAUGGCGGGGACCGCCGGGACUGCGGGGAUCCCGGUGCUGCUGCUGCUGCUCCUGGCGCUGCUGGCGCGGGCGGCGACGCCACCGGGGCCGGUACCGGAUGAUCCGCCGCUGCCGGCCCAGCCGCCGGACGCUCUGUUCGCCGCCGGUGCCGAGGCCUACACGCGGGGCGACUGGCCCGCAGUGGUGCUGCAGAUGGAGCGGGCGCUCCGGGCGCGGGCGGCCGUGCGGUCCCGGUUGGUGCGGUGCCGCCUGCUCUGCGCUAACGCCACGGCUGGGCCAGCGGAGGGAGAGGUUCCGCAUCUCGAACCGGUGCUCCGCGAUCUGCUCUUCUUCCGCGGGCUCCUGCGCCGUGCCGCCUGCCUGCGGGACUGCGGGCCCCCCGCGCCCUCCCGGUACCGGCUGGCAGACGAGCUGGACCUCGAGUUCAGCAAGCGCAGCCCUUACAACUACCUCCAGGUCGCCUAUUUCAAGAUGAACCGGGCAGCGCAGGCAGCCGCGGCCGCGCACACGUUCUAUGUGGCCAACCCCGGGCACCAGGAGAUGAGGCAGAACCUGGAGUAUUACCAAGCCAUGGCCGGGGUCCUCGAGGAGGAUUUCACCGACCUGGAAGCCAAACCCCACCUGAGUGAGUUUCGGCUGGGUGUCAGGUUUUACACGGAGGAGCAGCCAGCUGCUGCCAUCCUGCACCUGGAGAAGGCACUGGAGGAGUAUUUUGUGGCAGAUGCUGAGUGUCGUGCACUUUGUGAGGGACCCUAUGACUACGAGGGCUACAACUACCUGGAGUACAACGCUGACCUUUUCCAGGCCAUCACAGAUCACUACAUGCAGGUACUCAGCUGCAAGCAGGGAUGUGUUACAGAGCUGGCCUCCCAGCCUGGACGGGAGAAACCCUUGGAGGAUUUUUUGCCCUCACACUUCAACUACCUCCAGUUUGCCUACUACAACAGUGGAAAUUACGAAAAAGCCAUUGAGUGCACCAAAACCUAUUUGCUCUUCUUCCCAAACGAUGAGGUGAUGAACCAGAAUUUGGCCUAUUACACUGCUGUCUUAGGGGAAAACCUGGCAGGACCUAUCCAGCCCCGAGAGGAGAUCCAGGUGUACCUCCAACGAAGCCUGAUGGAGAAGGAGCUGCUCUUCUUCAGCUACGACGUCUUUGGCAUCCCCUUUGUGGACCCAGACACCUGGACACCCAAAGAGGUGAUACCAAAGAGACUGCAAGAGAAACAGAAGGCGGAGCGGGAGACGGCGGCGCGCAUCUCGGAGGAGAUUGGCAACCUGAUGAAGGAGAUUGAGACACUGGUGGAGGAGAAAGCCAAGGAGUCUGCUGAUCUCAGCAAACUCAUCCGAGAAGGUGGCCCCUUGGUGUACGAAGGAGCAAGUGUCACCAUGAAUUCCAAGGCCCUGAACGGCUCCCAGCGCGUCGUGGUGGACGGGGUCCUUUCCAGUGAGGAGUGCCAAGAGCUGCAGAAACUCUCCAAUGCAGCUGCCUCAGCUGGGGAUGGCUAUCGUGGGAAGACAUCUCCUCACACCCCCAGCGAAACCUUUCAUGGUGUGACUGUCCUCAAGGCCCUCAAGCUGGGCCAGGAGGGCAAGGUGCCCCUGCAAAGUGCCUACCUCUACUACAACGUGACAGAGAAAGUGAGGCACAUGAUGGAGUCCUACUUCCGUCUGGAGGUCCCACUCCACUUCUCCUACUCCCACCUGGUGUGCCGCACAGCUAUUGAUGAGAAGCAAGAAGGACGGAGUGACAACAGUCAUGAGGUGCAUGUGGACAACUGCAUCCUCAAUGCAGAGGCCCUGGUGUGUGUGAAGGAACCUCCAGCCUACACUUUCCGGGAUUACAGUGCCAUCCUCUACCUCAACGGGGACUUUGAAGGAGGAGCUUUCUACUUCACCGAGCUGGAUGCCAAGACUGAGACUGCUGAGGUUCAUCCCCAGUGUGGCCGUGCUGUGGGCUUCUCCUCGGGCUCAGAGAACCCCCACGGGGUGAAAGCUGUGACCAAAGGCCAGCGCUGUGCCAUCGCCCUCUGGUUCACCCUGGAUCCCCGGCACAGGGAGCGGGAGCGUGUGCAGGCAGAUGACCUGGUGAAGAUGCUUUUUGGCCCGGAGGAGAGGGAUUUGCUGCAAGAGCCAGAGCAAGAGCCACCAGCUGCCACUGCGGUGGGGAAGGAUGAGCUGUGACUUCCCACAGGGGUUGUGAUGUCCCUGCCAGGACCAGUGACACCAGUGUGGUGGUGUCAGGCUGCUCAGCCCUUUGGCUGUUGGACUGAACCCCCCCCCUCCACCCCUGAGUAGGAUGGGGAGGUGGGGGAUGUCCCACACCACCCAGCAUCCUGCUGUGGACCUGACUUGGGGCUGUCACAGUGGCUCAGGGGGGCUGCCAGGGGGGACUUUUGGAUGCUUUUUCAGGGGUGAGGACCCAGUGCUAUGGUAGCAGACACGUGCCUUUCCACUCGGCUGAAACUGCUGCUAUUUAAGUGCCUUCUGCAGAAAAUGGGUGAAUAAAGGCUUUUUUUUUUUUU